GAUACAUGCACUGAUACACACAGAAAUGAAAACACUAAUACCACGUUUCUCACCCAUCCUGCCCUUUCGGCCAUGGUUUGUAGUAAAUUCAAUGCUUAGCUUGUUUAAAGGUUCAAAGGUCAGGUAGUAAACAUCAAGAAGCCAUUUAUUAUACAACAUCUUGCAUUGAAAGAUAUUGCAUCCUGUUCUACAGUCUUGAACUGUUGAUAAGGAAAUGUGGCAUGUGUCAGGUUAGAUGCUUUAAUGAUCAAGGGGCGAUGCAAAAUGGGAGGGGAUAGAUAUCUGAAAGGGAGAACAUAAAAUAAAAGUGAUCUUAACAGGAAGCUGUUGUUUCCUUUGAGACCGAGUCAUUUUCGCAUAUCUUUCCAUCAUUAAAUGACAGGACAAGCCUCCACCUAUCCUCCACAUUGCAACUCUUUCUCGAGGGACUCGACAGCUGCGGUCUUCCCCACAAUACACUUUGCCCAAAACACAGCGCGCUUAUGGGCUCCAGCAUAAGAUGUAUAGCAAAGUGGAGGAAAAGGCAUCUGCAAGCCCCAAAGGCUCUCCUUGUUUUAUUCCUGGCCAUCAGUUUUAUCUACAGUUGGUUGCUGGUGGCUGAUAAUCAACAUUUGAAUGGCAGUAAUGCAUCACUCCCAAACAAUAUCACCAUCCUGUUAUGGCACUGGCCGUAUGGCACCCAGUACAGCCUUGUGGGGGACGUGUGUCUGAGGGACUACGGCAUCUCUGGAUGUGUGCUAAUGGAUAAUCGCACUCUCUAUGAGAGCGCUGAUCUAGUUGUCUUUCAUCACUUUGAGCUGAAGCUGCAUAAACAGCACCUUCCUGUGCAUCUCCAUCGGCCCGCCAAACAGAGGUGGGUAUGGCUUUCUUUAGAAGCGCCACAAAACAACGGCAACUUGUCACCAUACAACAACCUUUUCAACCUCACCAUGUCAUAUCACUCUCAUGCUGACAUCACUGUGCCCUAUGGGAAGCUGUUACAGAGAAAGAAACCAGGUCUAGACUUUGUUAUCCCACAAAACAAGAGUUAUGAAGCCUGUUGGGUGGUUAGCAACUACCAAAAACGGCACAAGAGGAGCGAAGUGUUCCAGGAGCUAAACAAGAACCUCAAUGUGCAACUGUAUGGCCUUUACGCCAGAAAACCUCUACCAAAGGAGGCACUGCUUCCAACGAUUUCACGCUGUUAUUUCUACCUAGCAUUUGAAAACACACAGUCUCCGCAAUAUAUCACUGAGAAGCUCUGGAGAAACGCUUUCCAGGCUGGGACUGUGCCCGUGGUGCUGGGAUCGCCACGCAAAGACUAUGACGCCGUGGUGCCUCCGCAUUCCUUCAUCCAUGUGGAUGAUUUUAAAUCUAUUAAGGCCCUAGCUGAGUAUUUGAGAGCCCUAACUAAAGAUCCAGAGAAGUAUAAUGCAUAUUUUACCUGGAGGCAAGACUAUAUGGUCAAAUUAUAUACAGACUGGAGAGAACGACUGUGCAAUAUUUGUCCCAUCUACGGACAAUUUCCAACUCAAAAGGUUUAUGAGAAUUUAAGAGCAUGGACAAAAUGGUAGAUGACAUUUUAAGGGGCCAUUCACACAGAAUAUGUUUUUGCAUUAAAAAUAAGACACAGUCUGAAGACUUUUUUUAAACUUUAUCUAAAAGUGGAAUUUCUUUUAGCUUGAGAGAUCUGUUUUAGAACACGGUGUCAUUCGCAAAAGAUGAAAGACGAGAGCGCAAUGUUCAACAACGUUUAUCUAAUACAUGCAUAGAAUAACUACUGAAGACAACAAAAUGCAAAAAUAAUAGGUCUAGAGAUGCUAUUAACUGAAUGGUUGCAUUUCUGGAACCUGUAAUGCUUUAAAAGUUGCGAGAUGCAAGCAUGGUUAAUGGUCAAAGAUCUCCAUCUAGAGCAUGUUUACCCGGCGG